AGCCAUUCUGGCUGAAGUCCCCGGCCAGGCAUGUGGGCACGGUGGGCGCCGCCCAGCGAGGUCUCCCCCGGUUUCCUUUUCGCAAUGGAGGGCACAUGGCCCUGGACCGGCGGCGCCGCCCAGCCGCCCGCGCCCGCAAGCGUCCCUCUUCCGUUGAUGCUGCUCCUCACGCCGUCCAGGGCGGACCAACAGCGGCUCCCGACCGGGCCCCAGAUCCCGAGCUGGGCGGCGGACUCGGAGGGCUACGAGGUCCAGGCGCCUCCCGAACUGGCCGCUGCCGAAGUGGACGAGGACGAGGAUGACGAGGAGGCCGGCUCGAGGAUGUCCGCCGCGCGCCGUCGCACCAUCCGCCGCCGGAUGUUGCGCAGGGGUGCGCUCGCCCGGGCCCGCCGCGACAGCCAGCUCACCGGGCCUUCCGCGACCACGUCCGCGGAGGCGGACCUGGCGGCCGGAGCGGCGUUUGUUAUCUCGCUGUAGGUCGCCUCGAGGAGGAGGAGGAGGAGGAGGAGGGCACCACUGCGCGCGGUCCCCUGCUCACGACGGCUGCCCUCUACCACUGGCUUGCCGCGGAGCCUGACCUCGCCCUAUUUACUUUUGCACAUUCCACAUCGGCCCGUCGCUGUGGCGCCACUCUUCGCACUGGACUUGCGAAGCGGCCCCUCACACCAGACAAGCAGCACAACGGUGCAGCGCAUCGACCGACCCGAUCUUCGAAGUCCGCUUCGCACGCAGACGCUUGAAAUCUGGGAUAGUAGAGUUCGGUACAAUAAGUGACAGUUUAGUCGUCCUCCCUCACGAUUGUCGGGCGUCCCGUCUAGAGGCAGUGUGGCUCGCUCGCCGCGAGCGUCCAAUUGUCGUUUUUACCCCCUUCCUUCUCUCCUCAUCCCCUUCUUCC